AUGGUUGGACACAGCAAGGCCACCACCCCGCCAGGUUCAGAUGCCAGAAAGGUCUUCACUCGCUAUGGGAAGUGUUACACCUUUAACGCUGGCGGUGAUGGACGCCCUCCACUCAUCACCACCAAGGGUGGUAUGGGUAAUGGACUCGAGCUCAUGCUGGACAUUCAGCAGGAUGAAUACCUGCCUGUGUGGGGAGAAACAGAUGAGACUUCAUUUGAAGCCGGAGUCAAAGUUCAGAUCCACAGUCAGGAUGAGCCGUCCUUCAUUGACCAGCUCGGGUUUGGAGUGGCGCCCGGGUUCCAGACGUUUGUUUCUUGCCAGGAACAGAGGCUGAUAUAUCUCCCUCCACCCUGGGGAGACUGUAAGGUGACAGCGAUGGAUUCAGACUUCUUUGACAGUUACAGCAUCACAGCCUGUCGCAUCGACUGUGAAACACGCUACCUGGUGGACAACUGCAACUGUCGCAUGGUGCACAUGCCUGGCGACGCUCCCUACUGCACCCCCGAGCUGUACAAAGAAUGUGCUGACCCAGCACUCGAUUUCCUGGUGGAGAGAGACAAUGAUUUCUGUGUGUGUGAGACGCCCUGCAACAUGACCAGAUACAGCAAAGAGCUGUCCUUCGUCAAGAUCCCCAGCAAGGCCUCCGCCAAAUAUCUGGCAAAGAAAUACAACAAAUCUGAGCAGUAUAUUAAGGAGAACAUUCUGGUUCUAGACAUCUUUUUUGAGGCUCUCAACUAUGAAACUAUUGAACAGAAGAAGGCUUAUGAAGUGGCUGGACUUCUAGGUGAUAUCGGUGGUCAGAUGGGGCUUUUUAUCGGGGCGAGCAUACUCACCAUUCUGGAGAUAUUUGACUACCUUUACGAGGUGAUAAAGUACAAGUUGUGUCGCUGCUCCGAUAAGAAGCACAAGCACAACAACAACAACGACCAGGGGACGGUCCUGAGCUUAGACGACGUCAAGUGUCACGUCAGUAACUUUCAUUAGGCUUCUGCCGCGGCGAGGAGGGAGCUGCCGCACUCUCUUGUCUCUGAGCGGUUUUAAUGGACUUUGUUCGUUGCAGUUUUCCAGACUGCAGGAGCAAACAGAGGGAAGUGUCUUAACUGUGCCUGGUUACGGUUUGUGAGGUGAAUACAGCUUGUGGCUGACGUGAGGAGGAGCCACAUGGACAGCAGGACAGCAGAAACCAGAGAUCAAAUAUGUUGAAUUCAAAAAUGUCAGAAUAACUGCAUGGUCAUCAGCUUCUCCAGACAUAGUAACAGAUACAGUAAAUGAGGGCAUGAACUGAGCUGAGGCUCAUCUGUGUUCAGUAAAUCAGCAUUAGAUACCCAGCUGUGUGGUGGUGUGCGUCAUCUGUCAAUCUGGGGGAGUUUGUUUCCCCUCACAAAAUGUUGUUAUUUUAGAUGUGUUUUCUGUAUUUGCAUGUGAGUGCUGCACAUUCUUUAAUUUCUGCCCUUUGAGGUUUGCUUUCAUCACCUUUUUUGUUCUUAACUUUUCCACCAGUUUUCCAUUUUUACAUUUGUGUAAUCCGACCUUGUGCUAUGACUGAUGGCUCCCCUUGUUAAAACCUGAGCAUUUUGCCAAUAUACUGUACUACCUCAUCUCGCAGGGUGACAGCGCCCUUAAAAAUUUACAAGCCAAGCAAAUUAAUAAUAAAAAAGGUCAUUUCCAUGUAUAGAAAUGAGCAGAACAGGCUGAAAAAAGAACCCCCCCACGUAACACUUACUGAGCAGCAGUCUCAGGUCUUUUUAGCAGAAGACAUUUUGACAUGUCGCAGUAGGAAAAUCAAAGGUGGGAAUAAUAAAAUUAAUGAUGGCUGAAUUCUGUUUAGCUACUUCAGUUGCAGGGUCCCAUUAUUGUGUAGCCUUGCUCGCUGUCACACUGUCAUGGCUUAGUGGGACACUUGAAUAGAACAGAGCCAUUUUUAAUAGUAUUAAUUAUAGCACCUGUGUUUUUCCUGCUAUGACAAGUCAAAAUGUUCGCUGUGAAAAAGGCCACGGUUAAAGGACUAUUCCAGGAUAAUAAAUGCUGGUAUGAAGUAGGGAUGGACAUUUUUAGGAACUUCCAUGUGCCACUGCUUGCAUUGAAUUAUUAAAAAGUACUAAAAAAAUCUAAUGUAAGAAUAGGAACGGAAAACAAGUGCAAUUUGAGAUGAAUUUAUUAAACAGACAGGUUUCAAUUAGCCUAUUAAACCAUUGUUGCUGCCAUUGACGUAACAUAGGUUAAACGCAGCGCUGACAUACUGUCGCUGAGCUGAUCUCCUCUCGGUCACUUCAACAUCUGCCCAGUUAGCACGAGCUAAUACAGCAGCAGCAGCUCACACCAUCACCAAAACAGAUUGCCUCUGUCCGAUUAAUAACCCUUAGAUAACGUUAGGCUAGCUGUAUUAUGCUAACAGUUAGCCCUGUCUGUAUGUGUGAGUGUGGGUGAUCUUUAACCAACUGUUCCCCAGUAUAAAGCUCCCAGUCUUGCAGCAGUUGUCUCCCAUUGUCUUAUGAUAACCAGAGAGAGAGCGACAGCAGGGUAGGAGGUGUUAAGCGAAUGUUGCAUGCAGCUCUACAAUGAAAUAUGAAUUUACCUAGUAAAAAAAAUAUAUAUAUAAAAGUCAUAUUCACAUCUGGGAGGUUGGGCGGUGAUUACUCAAUACAUUUAACAAAUGCUGACGUUCAAACGAGUGUUCGAGUACUCAUGUCCAUCCCUAGUAUGUAGUGUAGUGCAGCAGUAUCUAACUCAAGUUUGCCAUCAUAAGCUACUGAUCAUAUCAGACCAAGUAAACUGAUUAACCCUCAGUGUACUGAUCUGAGAUCUGUGACUACAACAGCAGUCCACAAACCAAUGGGUGAUGUCAUGGUAGCUACGUCUGUUACUUUAUACAGUCUGUAUAUUAUACUCAUACAUGAGAGCAAUAUCAAUCUGCUCAUCCUGCUCUAAAGAGCAGACGUACAUAUUUCUCAAAAUGUGACUUUUGCCAUAAAAGGGCAACUUUGGUAUUUUUCAACCUGGACACCAUUUUCCAUGUUUGUCCAACUAAUUUUUAAAACCAGUCCAGCUGAGCAAGAGGGCUGCUGCACAACAGGCUGCAGUGUAAACACUCCACGCAUGUUUACACAGUCAGUGUGUAUCCUGUAAUACCUGGGCCACACUGCUUGCGUGAGCAGCAGGUGACAGCUGCCUCACUGAAUUGCUGUGGCACCUGCAGUGUUUAUACAGAUGAUGUAGCUGCUGCAGCAUGGCUACAGAGCUGUGUGUUUCUAUAACUACUGUAUUUCCACAAUUAAAAGCAGACAUUGUCAACAAAUGCACAAUAAAAAGCCUUGUGUUAACAGAUGAAGGGGCUCUGUUGACAGAAUCGUUGUCACCAGGAAGUGUUGAGAUAAGAAUAAUUUUUCAUGUCUGUGAUCAACUUUUAAAACUGUAGUUAAAGGUGGUAUGAUGUCAAUAUGAUUAUCAAACGACCAUUUUCACUGCCCAAUUUUGCUGAAUAUUGCACACGCCACAGAAAAAAUAGGCAAGACUCUCUAGAUGUUCACACCUGAGCAGCGCUACUCAUAUGGGCAGUGUGGCUGCUCUAACCUGUUAACAUGGACACUGCAAAAAAACAAGAGGUUCCAUGACAUACACCCACUGCUCACACAGGCAGUGUGGCCCAGGCCUAAAAGUGCUUAUUUUUCCACUGACAUAAUGUUGUUCAGUGCAGCCUGUGGCAUACUGUAGGCAGUAUAAGCGAAUGUGAAGAAUGUGGUCAUGCAUGGGGGGCUCCACACAUGAGGAAAGAAACAAAAAAAGUUUAUCUUUUACUAUUCUUUACUAAUACUAUUACUAUUUUUAUUUUUGAAAUAUGACAUAAGGCCACAACAACAUAACUAAAUAGCAAAGCCUACUGAAUAAUAGAGAGGCCUUUUUUCUGGGUUCCUGCCA